AUAUUGAAUUGAAUCAUCCUGCGGCUGAUUUGUAAAUUUUGUGGCACCAAAAUUUAUUUAAAACAAACCAAAAACCUAAAAAAUUCUACUCCUUGUUAAAAAAGAUAUUUAGCACCUACCUAUGAUUUUGGGUUAAAUACCGACAAGAAUUUAUUCAGAGUUUAUUGCACAAUAUUGUAUCAAAACAUGCCUGUCUCGCCUGUAAUGAAAAGAUAAACAAAACAUGGGGCCACCUAAAAAAAUCAAAAAAUAUGAUUCAAAAGCUGGAGGCGAUAGAUCAGGCAAGAAAAAGAAAGUAGAAGAAGAUGUGACAAUAGAUCUUGUAGAAGAUGACAAUGGUGAGAAUACUGGUGUGCCGGGGGCUGCUAUGCAAGACGCUGAGAAGAAUGACCAGGUCCCUGAAGAUGAGUUUGGUGCCAAAGAUUACAGAUCCCAAAUGGAAUUAAAAGCUGACAAUGCUAGUCGGCCACUGUGGGUAGCACCAAAUGGCCACAUAUUCCUGGAAGCAUUCUCACCUGUGUACAAACACGCUCAUGACUUCUUAAUAGCUAUCGCUGAACCUGUGUCUAGGCCUCAACAUAUUCAUGAAUAUAAAUUGACAGCAUACAGUCUAUAUGCAGCAGUAUCAGUGGGUUUACAGACCAAUGAUAUUGUGGAGUACUUACAGAGGCUCAGUAAAUGUGCUGUUCCGGCCGGCAUUAUAGAGUUUAUUCAGCUCUGUACAUUAUCCUAUGGGAAAGUGAAGCUUGUUCUCAAACAUAAUAGGUACUUAGUUGAGAGCAAACAUGUGGAAGUGCUACAGAAGCUUCUGAAGGACCCCGUCAUACAGCAGUGCCGCUUGCGCCGCGACGGCGACGACGACCUGCUCGCCUCCGCGCUGCCCACCAAGCCUGCCACUGCGACCGCCAAGCCAGGCGAGGAUAAACCCUCUGUGAACGGAGAGGUUCCCGAAGAUAUCAGCCAAUUCUAUCAGCAACUAGACAAGGACGACGACGAAGACGAGAACACUGACAUAACGGCUAAGAACACUGCCGUCGCCUUCGAAGUUGAUCCUGACAAGAUUGAGGUGAUACAAAAGCGUUGCAUCGAAUUGGAAUAUCCAUUGCUCGCGGAGUACGACUUUCGCAAUGACACCGUCAACCCGGAUAUCAACAUCGACUUGAAGCCCACGGCCGUGCUGCGUCCUUACCAGGAGAAGAGCUUGCGCAAGAUGUUCGGGAAUGGACGUGCAAGGUCAGGAGUGAUCGUGUUGCCGUGCGGCGCGGGCAAGUCGCUGGUGGGCGUAACGGCGGUGUGCACGGUGCGCAAGCGCGCGCUCGUGCUGUGCAACUCGGGCGUGUCGGUGGAGCAGUGGAAGCAGCAGUUCAAGUGCUGGUCCACCGCAGACGAUAGCAUGAUCUGUCGUUUCACGUCGGAAGCGAAGGACAAGCCGAUGGGCGCGGGCAUCCUCGUGACCACGUACUCCAUGAUCACGCACGGGCAGCGGCGCUCGUGGGAGGCGGAGCAGACCAUGAAGUGGCUGCAGGCGCAGGAGUGGGGGCUGGUGGUGCUGGACGAGGUGCACACCAUCCCCGCCAAGAUGUUCCGCCGCGUGCUCACCAUCGUGCACUCGCACGCCAAGCUGGGUCUAACUGCAACCCUGCUUCGUGAAGACGACAAGAUCGCAGAUUUGAACUUUUUAAUUGGACCAAAGCUAUACGAGGCGAACUGGCUGGAGUUGCAGGCGCAGGGCUACAUCGCGCGCGUGCAGUGCGCCGAGGUGUGGUGUCCCAUGAUGCCGGAGUUCUACCGAGAAUACCUCGUGCAAAAAAUAAACAAGAAAAUGUUGCUGUACGUGAUGAACCCGUCGAAGUUCCGCGCGUGCCAGUUCCUGGUGCGCUACCACGAGCGGCGCGGCGACAAGACCAUCGUGUUCUCCGACAACGUGUUCGCGCUGCGCCACUACGCCGUCAAGCUCAACAAGCCCUACAUCUACGGGCCCACGUCGCAGAACGAGCGCAUACAGAUCCUGCAGAACUUCAAGUUCAACCCCAAGGUUAACACGAUAUUCGUGAGCAAGGUCGCCGAUACGAGCUUCGACUUGCCGGAGGCGAAUGUGUUGAUUCAGAUCUCUUCGCACGGUGGCUCGCGACGACAAGAAGCGCAGCGGUUAGGACGUAUUUUGAGAGCCAAGAAAGGCGCCUUAGCUGAAGAAUACAAUGCCUUCUUCUACACUCUCGUAUCACAAGACACGUUAGAGAUGGCGUACAGCCGCAAGAGACAACGGUUCCUCGUUAACCAGGGUUACAGUUACAAGGUGAUCACAGAAUUGAAGGGUAUGGAUCAAGAACCGGAUAUGUAUUAUGGCACGAGAGAGGAGCAAGGAAUGCUGUUGCAACAGGUGCUGGCGGCAUCGGAGACUGACUGCGAGGAGGAGCGCGAGGGCGGCGUGGGCGGGCCGGGCGGCGCGCGGCGCGCGGGCGGCAGCCUGGCCUCGCUGGCCGGCGCCGACGACGCGCUCUACCUCGAGCACCGCCGCUCGCACAACAAGCACCCGCUCUUCAAAAAGUUCCGCUACUGACGCCUCGCGCUUUACGUGCCACUUUACGCAAAACGGAAACAGAGGGAGGAAUUCCGGAAUGGGCAAUUAUUGAGCUACAAGGUCUUGUCCAAAUGAAAAAAGAAAACCAAAAUGAACCGACUGUAGUUGGGGAUCUACAUUACUUCAGCAGAAACCGCCAACCGGUUCUUAUACUGGGUCACCAUGUGCUCAAUGGUAAAGAAGUUAAACUGGAACAACCGAUGGCCGUCAUAGAAAAAGCUACCGACGGC